AGAACUUUACAUUGUAGUAGGCAACAUUGUUGCCAAGAGCCCGUCAAACGGGAAAUCUCCACGUAACGAACGCGUGCGUGUAUUUCCGUAGUUUUUCAAUUCUCUACAUAAUUACAAUAUUAUAUUUGUUGCUAUGAUAAUAUAGGAGAACAACCAUACAACUGUACUUCAAUAUAUAGGCGUUAGUUACAUAAAUUCGACCAGCAUGAAGGCUUUAGGACUUCUUCUGGUCGUCGUUUUAGCGUUAAGUGGAAGCGAUGGCGUGGAUAAGAACAAUUUUAAGACUUGCGACCAGUCUGGUUUCUGCAAGAGGUUGCGUGGUUUUAAACCCGAGAAGUCACAAUAUACGCUUAACUUAGACACGGUAGUUGUCCAUGGGAAUGCCUUGUCAGCCGAAGUCAACACAGUGGACACAACAACUCAAGAAAAAACUGUUUUGUGGCACUAUGCCUUAAGGCUGUCUGCACUUAGCGAUGGCACGUUCAGAGUGGAACUAGAUGAAGCUGACCCUCUGUACCCGAGGUACAGGACGCUGCUGGCUCUCAAGGGAGAACCUAAGGCUGAUGGCCUAAAACUGGUCUCCAACGAGAAUGGAAAGCUCACAGUGACCAACAGCCAAGGUCACAAGGUCAUCAUCACUGCCGAACCCCUGAAGCUGGAGUUCGUAAACCUUGCCGGAGACGUGGCAGUGGUGCUCAAUGACAACGGACAGCUGGUUGUGGAACCUCUCCGAGUCAAAAAAGAAAGGAUUGAUGAUGAAGAUACUAAUAUUGUGGAAGUUGAGGAGGAAGGCACUUGGGGCGAGAACUUCAAGUCCCACCACGACAGCAAACCUCGUGGCAAUGAGGCCAUCUCCCUGGACAUUAGCUUCCCUGAAGCCGAUAAUGUUUAUGGUAUUCCAGAGCACACAGACAAAUUCUCUCUCCGCACGACGACGUCGGGCGAGCCGUAUCGUCUGUACAACUUGGAUGUGUUCGAGUAUGACCUCGACAGUCGCAUGGCCAUCUACGGAGCUGUGCCCGUCAUGUAUUCUCAUGGGCCGAAGCGCAGCGCGGGUGUGUUCUGGCACAACUCUGCGGAGACGUGGGUGGACGUGGUGAACUACGCCGACAGCACCGUCGUGUCCUCGCUCGUCAACCUCGUCACCGGCGGACAGAAGCGACGCGUCGAUGCCAGGUUCAUGAGUGAGUCUGGUAUCAUCGACGUGUUUGUGUUCCUGGGUGAGAAGCCGACCGACGUGCUCCGACAGUACACCGCGCUCACUGGCACUGCGCCGCUGCCUCCCAAAUUCUCUCUAGCAUACCACCAGUGUCGCUGGAACUAUGUCGACGAAGCCGACGUGCGAGGCGUCGACAACAACUUUGACGUUCAUGAUAUACCCGCUGAUGUCAUCUGGUUGGACAUCGAGUAUACCGACAGGAAGAAGUACUUCACAUGGGACCCCCUGAAAUUCCCCAACCCAUCGGAGAUGGUAGCGAACUUGACCGCCAAGGGUCGGAAGCUGGUCACGAUCAUCGACCCUCACAUCAAGAGAGAAGCUGGCUACUUCUUACAUGAGGACGCUACGGAACUAGGGUAUUAUGUUAAAGAUAAAGAUGGCAAGGAUUAUGAAGGUUGGUGCUGGCCCGGUUCGUCCUCGUACCUGGACUUCUUCAACCCUGCUGCCAGCAAGUACUACUCGGAGAGGUACCGCUUCGAGCACUUCCCAGGAACCAGCAAGGAUGUGCACAUCUGGAACGAUAUGAAUGAGCCUAGUGUAUUCAACGGGCCCGAAAUCACAAUGCCUAAGGACUGUCGCCACUACAAACCUCCUCAGGACGGUAACGAUGGACUUGCCGCUUUCUGGGAACACAGACACAUUCACAAUGAAUACGGUCUAUGGAACAUCCGUGCGACGUUCGACGGUAUGCUGCAGAGAUCUGAAAACCAGUUCAGACCUUUCAUUCUGACACGAUCUGCCUUCGCUGGUACUCAAAGAUACGCAGCAGUUUGGACCGGUGACAACGCAGCGGAAUGGGGCUUCCUGGCUGUAUCAGUUCCGAUGUGCCUCUCGCUAUCCGCAGCUGGUAUUAGCUUCUGUGGUUCCGAUGUUGGUGGCUUCUUCAAGUACCCUGAGGCUGAGCUCAUGACUAGAUGGUAUCAGGCGGGCGCGUUCCAGCCGUUCUUCCGCGCGCACUCGCACAUCGAGACCAAGCGGCGCGAGCCGUGGCUGUACGAGCCCGCCACCACCGCCCUCAUACGCGACGCCAACCGCAGGCGAUAUGCGCUUAUCGACUUCUGGUACACAUUAUUCUACGAGCAUUCGAUCGAGGGUCUGCCGGUGAUGCGCGCUCUGUUCUACGAGUUCCCCGCUGAGGAGGAUACCUAUACCAUUGAUGAUCAGUACUUGCUCGGCGACAAGCUGCUAGUCCGUCCAGUGGUGGAGCCGGGCGUGACGAGCGUGAAGGUGUACCUGCCGGGAGCGGCGUCCAAGACGCUGUGGUACGACGUGGACUCGUACCACGCGCAUCACGCUAACGGAUACCUGAACUAUGACGUCACGCUCGCUAAGAUCCCAGUGUUCCAGCGCGGCGGCACGAUAGUCCCGCGCAAGGAGCGCGUGCGUCGCUCCUCCGCGCUGAUGGCCGACGAUCCAUACACGCUCGUUGUAGCACUCGAUAGCAACGGCACAGCACAAGGCUCUCUAUACAUAGACGACGGAGAGACAUACGAGUAUCUGAACAACAAGCACAUCUACGCUAAACUUGCGUACGAACCCAACGCCAUGACUUACUCCUUCAUCCACGAGAACGCUCACUACCCAACCAGGUCCUGGGUAGAGCGCAUCGUGAUCGCUGGAAUCAAGACCCCGCCCAAGACUGCCAAGCUGCAGCAGGGCGACAAACAGACAUCGCUGCAGAUGACCCUGCAUCGAGGCAACGAUGUCCUGGUGGUUAGGAAGCCGGCCGCCAGUAUGGCGCAGCCUUGGAAAAUCACCUUUAGCUAUUAAACUUUAGAGGAUAAUUUUCUUUACCCCCUUUUUUAAUGUCGAUUUGAAAAAUUUCAGACAUGUUUUUGUCACAGAAAUUAUCACCUUCAAUUUUUUUUUGUAAAAGUGACGUAGUUAUUCUUGAAAUAAAAAAAAUAUCAGAAAAAUCGACUUCAAAAAUUAAGCUGUUCGCUAAAUAAGCCUAUGAAGCCUAUCGAUAUCGAUAGUUCUGUCCCUUUCUAACUACUUACAAAUGCCGUUUGAUAGAUGAAAUAGUUGUGUUUAGUGAAUAGUUUGUUAUUAAAAGGGGGUAAAAUGUUUAAGUGGUUAAUAAUGAGUAUACAAAGUGUAUGGAAAGUCUGCAUGUUUGUUUGAGCGAUUGACGAAGUGAUGUGAUUGAAUUAGGUAUGGAGAUAGAUUUUGAAACGAGGAAGAUACAACUACCUACGUACAUCUCAAACAUAAAAAUAGUAAAUGAAAUGACAAAAAGGCCGAGCACAGCGAGCGCGAUAUUUUUAGCAGGUUGUCAGACUUUCUAGAUUACGCGUAAGGACUGCCGAGUUUAUAGUGCUUUCCGAAACACGAAAGAGCUCGUCAGGGUGACAAAUCAAAUGGUCAUCACUCAUACUAAUAAGCUAUCUUGUUUCAAAAUGUAUCUCCAUUAUUGGUAAGAUUGGCUAGAUAAGGUAUGAAGUUACAAGGUCGCAGUUAGCAUAGGGUUUUCACUGAAUAUACUCAUUAUUAAAACUUAUUUUUAUGUUUAGCAUAAUUAUGGAUUGACUGCGACUAAAUACUGCAAUACACUAACACAAAAAGAUAAGUGGAAGGUUUUCAGAGAACCUAGCAUAAGUUUUUGCGAAAUUGGACAUCAAUUAAAUAAGAACUUUUUUAUAUGUGUGUGUGAUAAUAAAAGUCAUACUAAAUUAUCACAAAAGCUCGCAACAACUUCUGUUUGGGUCUCAGAAACAAAAUAAUAUGAGAAUCUAAGAAAUGUGACUCUUUCAGUAGAAAGGACUAAUAAUACGCAGUCAAAACAUAACAAGAAUUGUAUUUGAUUUGACACUGUUUAUUGACAGAAUAACCAUUUAUUUUAUGAUAACAUUCACAUACAAUGUUACAGCGUAAAUAUCAAGACUGAUUUCCCAUUAUGAAAGAGUUGCAAAGAACACAAAAGCUUUAAGUCAAUAAACAGAGUCAAAACAAAAACGACUUUAUUGAAAACAUGAUAAGAACAAGAUUUCAGUGUUUCAUGACUCAGUGAUCAAUCAUUUGUUAAACAAACAAACUUUUGCUGAACAGAAAAAAAAUGAUCGAAUAGUCGAUACAUAGAGCUGAACUUUAUCGAUAUCAUAAAAUAAUAUCGAUAUGUUAAGCAAUCUUUGUUUUAGUAACUUUCACACAUAAUUAUAAAAUAGUUGUAAUGUUUAGUACACCUAGUGUAUUUCCAUCGCUCCGUAAGAUUUUAAGUACCUAAUUGUGUGUUUUUACUUAUUGAUAUUUUUUUCAAUAUUAUUUUAAUAAUAGACCUAAUUUUCACGGAUGUGUCUAGAUUUUCUCGUUAGUGUCGUUUUAGUGGACUUUUAAGUGAUAUGUCACUUUUUGGGAAUAGUGCAAUUUGCGAAAAUAUUAAUAAUUACUGCGUAUUUGCACUAGUGUGUCGUAGGACGAAAUUGUGAUUUAUUCAUUUCAAUGUCCACAAUGAAAUAAUUUGAAAUGUAUUUCGCGAAUUUGCACUAUGUUUUGUAAGUCCUAUCACUCUUUUCUUUAACAAUACUUUUAAGUAUUCGCACGUUUGUCAAAUAUUUCUUAUCGAUAAAUGAUUCACAACAAUAUUGGUACCCAAAAAUGUUAUUACAAAUAUUAUCAUGACCAGUAUGUAUUAUAUUCCAUUUCGUAGGUUUUAAAAUCAAAUUGUAUGAUUAAAUAGUAAGGGUCUGUUCACAUUUAUCGACGAGGAAUCAACUUAAACCGAGUGCAUAGUAACACACUUAUUACGUAGAAAUAAAGGCUUCUUUGGCCAGUGUUAACCGAUUCCCGCGUCGAUAUAUGUGGCUAGACCCUAAAUGAACGUGGUCUAUACCACUUGUGUCAACUUCCUAACGGGUAAGAGGUAACGAGUAAUUUUAUCGUAUGUAUGUGAUAAUAAAAGAAUUUUAAUAAG